AUGACGAUUCUGGGUACAGCUUUUGGUAUGGUUUUCUAUUUACUUCAAGCCGUUUCUGGAGAAAGUGGCUAUGCACAGAACGGAGAGUUUGAAGAUGCUGAGCUGGAUGACUAUUCAUUCUCUUGCUACAGUCAGUUGGAAGUGGAUGGAACCCAGCACUUGCUGACUUGUGCUUUUGAUGACCCGGAUGUCAACAGCACCAAUCUGGAAUUUGAAAUAUGUGGGGCCCUUUUGAAUGUAAAAUGCCUGACUUUUGAUAAACUGCAAGAGAUGUAUUUCAUUAAGACAAAGAAAUUCUUACUCAUUGGAGACAGCGAAAUACACGUGAAGCUUGGAGGAAAGAACAUAACUUCCAAGAAAUUGAACAUAGUUGAGAUAGUUAAACCCGAGGCUCCUUUUGACAUAAGAGUCAUCUAUCGCAAAGGAGCAAAUGACUUUCUGGUGACAUUUAACACAUCUCACUCACAAAAGAAGUAUGUGAAAGAAUUAAUGCAUGAGGUAGCCUAUCGCCAGGAAAAAAAUGAAAAUGACUGGAUGCAUGUGAACUUAUCCAGUACAAAGCUGACCCUUCUACAGAGAAAGCUACAACCUGAUGCAAUGUAUGAGAUUAAAGUCCGGUCCAUCCCUAAUGCCAACUAUUUUCAAGGCUUCUGGAGUGAAUGGAGUCCAACCUUCCACUUCAGAACUCCGGAGAUCACAGGUGGGAAGAUGGAUCCUGUUUUACUAACUAUUAGCAUUCUGAGUUUCUUCUCUGUGGCUCUGAUGGUCAUCUUGGCCUGUGCGUUAUGGAAAAAAAGAAUUAAACCUAUUGUGUGGCCCAGCCUCCCUGAUCAUAAGAAGACUCUGGAACAACUGUGCAAGAAACCCAAAAAGAAUUUGAAUGUGAGUUUCAAUCCUGAAAGCUUCCUGGACUGCCAGAUUCAUAAGGUGGAUGGCAUUCAAGCUAGAGAUGAAGCAGAAAGCUUUCUGCAAGACACUUCUCCUUCACAACUAGACGAGUCUGAGAAGCGGAGGCUUGGAGGGGGUAUGCAGGGCCCCACCUGGCCAUCAGAGCAUGCAGCCAUCACCCCAAAAGCUUUCAGAGGAGAUUCACCCUUCGGAUGCCUGGCUGGGAGCAUCAGUAUGUGUGAGGCCCUUGUGCAACCCUCUUCUAGGUCCCCAGACUGCGGGGAAAGCGGCAAGAAUGGGCCUCAUGUGUACCAGGGCCUGCUGCUUGGCCCAGGAACUACAAAUAGCACUGUGCCCACUCCAUCUCCUUUCCAGUCAGGAAUUCUGACACUGAACCCAACGGCCCAGGGACAGCCCGUGCUCACUUCCUUGGGAUCAAGUCAGGAAGAAGCAUAUGUCACUAUGUCCAGCUUCUACCAAAACCAAUGAAUUGUCAGAAACACAGGACUGGAACCAUGAUGACCAACAAAGAUGACUAAGCUCCUACCUACUUCCCCUUGCAGCACAAAGAAGAAGAAAUUAAUGCCAGCCCUCCAUAUAAUCUACAGGAUUCAGAAACAUAGCUUGGACCACUCCUCCCCACUCCAGGGCAUUUGGCUUGAGGCAGGAGCGCUCUGCUUCAGGCAACCCAAAUUCGUCCAUUAUUUCAGAAAGAAAAAGAAGCAGGAA